GAAAUCUCAGAAGGACUAAUAGAACCAGCUACACAGUUGUCAAAUGUAAAGCUUUAUCUUGAGCAUAAAAAUGGCGCAGCUCUCCAACACACAAAGCAGGUGGUUAGCAGCGGGCAAAUUGGCGAGCGCGGGAGGAAACGUAUAACUAAAAUUUGGGGACUGGGAUUUGGGCUUAUCACUAAAAAUUACGGUGCAGGAAAGAGCAUGAGAAUCCUAUCGAUUCCCAACCCAGAGUUGAAAGGUUGUGUGGUGGCGGGGAAGGGGAUUAGAAGAGUGGGGAAGAUUGGGAGGGGGAGAGUGAGGGAUACGCGCAGUGGCAAUUCUUUGCGCCCCAACACCACGCUUAUGACCAUCCCCUGUCCUUGCAGGGCCGCCCUCCGCCGGAGAAUGCCUAUGCCCGAUGAUGAUGAUGAUGAUGAUGAAGAGGAGGAGGAGGAGGGAAAUAGCACAUUUGCACGACUGGAAGCCUACACAGAGGCUGUCAGAUCCGAGGUUCUUAUUGUGCACGCCUUGCUCGAUGACCAACCAGACCAAGUAAUCAUUUUUAAGGGCUUUUCAUCUUCUUUGGUGCGGAGAACAUCACCAGAUCCUUCUAAACCUGUUCUUCCAUCAAGAGCAAUUAUAAAGUCAAUCGAUAGAAUUAGAGGGCCAUUCAAUCCCUCUAAUAUAAAUUAUAUUCAGAAAGACUUGAAAUGGGAAGAAUUUGAGGAGCUCUUGAAAGAAAAGCAGCUGUAACUGCUUUGAUAAAGGUUUUAACAUCAUUAUGAAAAGUGCAAGCUGUUUGUUUUAUGUGAUUGAUCUGCUACUUGGCACCAUUAGAUAUUUCUUUAUACAUUAGAUUAUACUAACUGAAUGAUUACGUGGACUUGUAAUGCCAGAGUUAUUCUCUAUAUUUGUGUUUGACUAUUCUAAAUUUGUAUAUAAUUUUUUUUUCUCAUCACAGUGUUGCAUUGUGGUAUGUAUUAAUCUCCUUGCCUUAUUCGAGAAAUAUGAUGGCAUCCUUUUAUGUCAAAUGGUUGCUGCU